AAUAAAGCAGCGGCAACAACAAAACAGUGCGCGACGCAACAGCAGCACUUUUUCAACAAUUUACGAAAUAAACACAAAAAAACUGAAAGAGUGGCAGUGAAACGCGGUUUGUGCUUUAAGUAAAUCAAAGUGGUGAAAAAUAUUAAAUUGAAAACAAUAAAUAAACGCGUAAAAAGAGCGACGCAAAUUGCGUGGCACACAAUAAAACACGCAGCAAGCACGUGUGCUUGUUGGCUAGGGGGGGAUGUAAGAGACGCGCGCUACGCAAUUUUUGGAUGCUACGCAAUAAGAUAGCCCGAAAGCUACGCAAUUUCCGCUACUGUCCGCUGUGGGGCGCUCUACGCACCUGCCCUACAAAACCAUAUAAAAAAAACAACAAACUCGAAACGUCGAUGCGGCGACCGCUGCGCUGUUUGUCGCUUGCUGCUUCUGCUGCUGACGUGUGCAAACGAGUGCGAAGCGACGACGACAGGAUAUUUAACUAAAGCAAAAACAACAACAGCAACAGUGGCAGCAAAAACGACGACAGCAGUUGCAAACUGCACGACAAAAUUAACGAAGUGUCCAGUGUGGUGCAAUUGAACGACACACCGCACGCAUACACACACACUCAGCAAAUACAAUACACAAAACAGAAGGCAAAUGACAGCAAAAAGAGCAACAGCAGCGAUAACGAAAGUGCAGCAACAAGAUUAACGGCAGCAGAAAAUGCAGCGCCACGCAGCGCACAGUAGAUUGCAUAAAAAUCCUGCUCAAGAAUAAGAAGUGCAUACAAAUACAAAUACAAACAAACGCAAGUGCAAUCACACACAAACACAAGUAAAACAAGCACAUAACAAACUCACGUACACACACACACACACACACACACACAAUCAAGAACAGCAGCAGCUACAGCAACAACUAGAACAAGAAGAAGAGCAACAGAAGUUAAAAACAGCAACAACAACAAUAAGAGCAGUGACUACAGCAACAACAAGAACAAGCACUACAGCAGCAAAUACAACAACAACAACAGCAACAAGCAGCAGCAAACAACAACAUUGAAAAAAAAGGGCAAACAGUGCGCGCACAAACAAGGUGGAAAGUAAAAAAGUUGUUUGUCAACUUGUGGCGUCCAUUGCACACCACCCCCCUCUCUCUCUCUCCCACCCUUCGCAGCUGCGCCCGCGCCCUUGUCCACUGUUGAAACUUCUGCUGCUGCGGCUGCUGCUGUUGCUGUUGCCGCUCAAAGCACAAAUGUUGCAGCAACAAAGUGUCUGGCUGUACUGCUGCUGCUACCACCAAGUGGAAGUGCAACUCCGCGUCCAGUGUGCAUGCAACAGCGCCUGCGGCCAGUGCUAAGUGGCAUCCACCAAAGCAAGUGAAAAAUCAUCAUACCAGUAAUAGCAACAACAACAACCACAGCAACAACAACAACAACAACCAGAGCAAUUUGUGUUUUAGUUUUUUUUUUAUUUGUGAGUGGUGCAACAUCAUGUCGACGGUAACACGCAGCGCGAGCGCAAGUCCUUGCAUGGCCCUCAAUGGCAUCAUCGAUGCCAGUUUGUUCCCCUUGAAGUCCACCAGCGAUGUGGUGAAUCUCUUUCGACGCGCUCUAACCAGCGCCAUCGAGCCUGAUCUGACGCUGCUCUCCAUCGUUGUUGGCUACAUCGAGUUGUCGCUCACCACCGGAGAAGCGGCUCAGGCGGCGCAGGCAGCACAAGCGGCACUAGGCAACAGCAGCGAUGUCAUCAUGGGCAACAGUGUUCCGUUUCCGGUGGUCACUCAUGAAUUGAUCGCAGGACUCUAUAAGAAAUUCCAGACCAUCCUGUCAGUGGUGGACAAGCCAAAGCCGCAUCGCCAGGCGACGCGCGACAUCAUCAAGAAGGUGUCAGAUGUCAUCUGGAAUUCGCUAAUACGCAGCAGCUACAAGGAUCGGGCACAUCUGCAGAAUCUCUACAGCUAUUUGUCGGGCAACAAAUUGGAUUGCUUUGGCGUUGCGCUUGCCACCACGGCGGGAUGUCAACUGCUCGGCUAUCGCGAUGUGCGUUUGGCCAUCUCCGAGGAUCAUGCGUGGGUCAUGUUCGGCCAGAAGCGUGUGGAAAGCAUCGAGGUGACCUGGCAUGGCAAAGGUAGCGAGGAUAAACGUGGACAGGACAUUGGCGCUGGCAUUGAAUCCGGCUCUUGGCUAUAUCUAGGUGGAUUGGCUGUGGUCUGUGAACGUGGCAUGGAAGUCGCUGCCAUCUGUGUGGCAUUGAACAUCUCCCUGAGUGCGAAUAGCGAUUGUGUGGAAGUUGCCGAGCUGCAGCAACAGUUGCUGUGGCUGCUCUACGAUUUGGGGCAUCUGAAGCGUUAUCCCAUGGCACUGGGACUACUCGGUGAACUGGAGGAGAUCAAUCGCACGCAUCGCAGCAUCAGCUGUGAGCAGUUGUUUCGCGAAGCGAUCGAAGCGUCCCGCAGCUAUUAUCACAAUCAUCACGUUUAUCCGCACAUCUUUCAGGGCAACUAUUACAAUCGGUUGCUCAAGUAUCGCGAGGCAUUCGCCGCCUGGGCCAAUGCCGCGGAUGUGAUCCGAUUGUAUACUUAUCAAUGUCGCGACGAUGAGGAAAUCUACAAGGAGCUGCUGGACAUUGCCAACGAGCUGAUACCCUAUGUGAUGAAAACGGAGAGUUCGGGGCAUUCAGCACGUAGCAUUCUUCGGGAUGCGGAAGUGUUUGCCAAUCUGUUGCGUUUCUACGAUGGCAUCUGUCAGUGGGAGGAGGACAGCUUGACGCCCAUUUUGCACAUUGGUUGGGCCAAGCCGCUGGUGAAUAACAUUACCAAGUUCGACUAUGAUAUACGCUCGCAGGUGGUCAUCAAGCUGCCUGAGGAUUUGGAAGCGGAGGAGGUGGCUAAGAAGGCAGCAGCAGCAGCAGCAGUUGCCGCAGCAGCAGCAGCAGCUGAGGAGGGCAACAACAACAAUAACAACACUGUUGUUAAGAAGGAUGAAAAACCCAAAUCGGAGCUGCCCACAACGCUGGCGGAUUUAACAGCUGCUUGCGGUGAAAAGAUUUUAAAUCCCGAUUUUUUGCUGCAAGGCGGCGGUCAACCGUUUGCCGAUCAGAAGCAGCAAGCAACGGUGGAGACGGAGACGGCUAACAGCAACAAUACAGACAAGGAGGCUACAACAACUACAACUACAACAACAAGCAAUGGCGGCAGCGCGGCGCAAUCGCCGCCAACUGAGGCAGAGCACAAAGAAGCUAAAUUGGAGGAGAACAACACCAGAAGCAGCGGCACCAGCAAUAACGUUGAGCAGGCGACGCCAAUUGUCGAUGACUAUGAUCCGUUUGAGAUCAUGCUAAAGCGUCCCGUGAUCACGCUACACAGUCAGAAGAUGAAGGGUCUGAAGGAUCUGCUGCUGGCGGAGAAACUCAACACGCAUGCCAUAUCAUUGCAGGUCACCGCGCAGUCGGUGGCAUCGCGUAAAGUGCGUGGAGCAGCAGUGGACAGUAGUCGACAGCCGGCAACCAUUUCGGCCACAAUCACAGCGAUAGCGUCCACGGAAGUAGUCGGAGGAGCUGGAGGCGGAGGCGGAGGCAGUGCAGCGAGUGCAUCGUCGGGGGCGGGGGAUUCAAUUGCAGCAUCGCGACCGAAGCGUACAAGACGCGAGUAAACACAAAAAUCGAAAUUGUAGUAAUUUGUUGUUUGUAUUUAUAUAUAUUAUAUAUGUAUAGAUGUAUAUCGUAUAUUGUAUAUGUGUGGUUUGCAAGCAUAUUCAGCGACUCGUUGGACUUGCAAACUUUUAUUGGCAUUAAUCCUUUACUAUUAUGCAUAUAUAGUUAUGCGCUAUAAAUAUUUUUGAUGUUCGAUGUGUAUUUAUGUAGUUUAUAAGCGCGCAACAAAAACCGUUAGAGAACGCUUAGCGUUUUAAAAAGAGAUCAACACUCACACACACACACACACCUUAUACAUACACACCACACACUCACACACACACAAACUGAAGAAAGCACACAAAGCUGUCGACUAUUUAUAAAGAGUUUGCUGUAAGAACAGCGAGUCAAAUCGAACGAGUUUAGUAAAGUCUCGCUCGAUUUACUCGCUCUAACGUAUUUGUAACCGUAUUUUAGUCUGUUAAUAUUGUCUAAUGAAUUAAUUUGUAUUGUUUUUGUGUAUUUAUUACUACAACUUGUUUCCUCACAAACAAAUUCCUCCCUAUAAUUUUUGCUUAAGCUCAAACGUAACUUUAUUGGUGCUCUUCUACGAAAAAUUUGAAAUAUGUGUAAACAAAAGUACUAUACUACAUCUAUAUCUAUAAAUUAAUCUAUGUAUAUCUACUAAUUUAUGCAUUUUAUGAGGCUAAGCUGUUUUUUUUAUGUUUUGUUUACAGUAAGCAGAAAUAUCUAAACACACAACCACAAAAAAUAAAUAGAAAGAACAUAGGACAUUUAUUAACGCAACGGAAAACAUAUUUAACACUUCCUCUCUAUAUGUGAUAAACUGUUUUUUCUAGAAAGCUUUCAUAUACUUAUUAUGUACUAUAAAUAUACGUAUCUAAUAAUACACUAACCAUAAAACAUAAACAUAUACAUAUUUAUCAAAAACUACUUUAUACUUAAACACUCACACUUAACAAAAACAAAAACAAAAACAAAACAAGGGCCGUGGGAGGGACGCGGCAUGCACUUUUUAAAUAAUCGAUCAAAGAUCCAAAUGCUAAAUAUCAGCAAAAACAAAACAGAGUUAUUUUAUUUUGUUACAACUUUCGAAUAAGUAUUGUAAAAAAAGUAAAAAAAAAAAAAAUAACAAAAAAUAAUAAGCAAACCGGAGCUUAAAAACAAAUUGUUAAAUGAUGAUAAUAAGCAUUAUUUUUUCUUUUAUUUGUGCGUCGUGCGUCUGUGAUGAAAAUUGUAUAGAGCAGAGAAAACGAGGAAGCGAUUAAGCCCAUUAAAAAAAAACUAAGUAAACAAAAACAAGAGAACACAAAUCGAACAAUAAGUUCAAAUGGUAUUAAUUAAUUAAUCAAAUGUAUGGUGUUUUAUUCCUUUAUAAAAGUAGCAUAUUUAAACUACAAACAAAAACAUAAAAAGAAAACAAAUCUAUAUUAAUACAUACAUAUGUAGAUAUAUUUUGGCAUACAAAAUUUUUACCGUAAGCUAUGAAGUAAAAAGUAAAAAAACCCAACACUUUUGGCAAACAAAAAUCCAAUCCAAAUUUCUAAACAAAAAAAAAAUAAUCUAUCAAGCAAAACAGCAAAAUGAAUACAUGCAAUAAAUCAAAAGCAUACCGCAAACUAUUUAUUAUCAAUGUUAAACGUUACGUAUAUAUAUAUAUAUUUGCAAUUGCUCAAUAACCCUAUUAGCUUGAAAGUCAAAUAGCCACAAGUCAAAAUGUUAAAAAAAAAACAAUAAAUGCAUCUUUCAAAAAGCAAA